UGAAUGAGGUUGAGAAGAUGACUCUCACCAGCAGACAGUCCUUCAAUGUCCUGACGGUGGUGUUCCUCCUGCUGUCCAGCGCAGCUCUCUCGGCCCACUACCGCGUGUGCGAACCCUACUCCGACCUCAAGGGGCGCUACCACUUUGGCUUCCACUGUCCGCGCCUCUCGGACAACAAGACGUACAUGUUCUGCUGCCACCACAACAACACCGCCUUCAAGUACUGCUGCAACGAGACCGAGUUCCAGACCGUCAUGCAGGUCAACCUCACCUCCACCACUGACGGCUACGCGCACAAUAACUACACUGCCCUGGUGGGCGUGUGGAUCUACGGCUUCUUCGUCAUGGUGCUGCUGGCCCUGGACUUCCUGUACUACUCGGCCAUCAACUACGAGCUGUGCCGGGUGUACCUGGAGAAGUGGGGCCUGGGGGGCCGCUGGCUGAAGAAGGCCCGCAGCCAGUGGCACCAGUCCCUGCCGGCGGAGAGCGAGGCCCAGGCCGUGCCCAUGAUGCCGGCCCACUACCAGCCCCAGCAGAGCCUGAGGGGGGAGAGCCGCAGCCCCACGCUGCUGCCCUACAACACCUCCACCGCCUGAUCGAUGCUCUGUUGGCUGCAGAGGACCUCUCCCGAUCCCCACAGACACCUCCACCAUCACGUCACCCAAGCUGGGAGGACGUUGGAGGAGGAUACCGGAGCAGCCAACAGGGACUACUCCCAACCCCCCCACCACCACCCUCUGCCCCCUGCCAACCCCAUCACCCUGACCCUCAUUCUGGCGUCGCUAACGGGCACAACAACCUGCCAAUGGACCUUUUGAAGAAGGAAAAGCCGGCUCGGGCCCGUCACACUGAGUCGGCACAGCAACGGACUGCUGAGGGGGAAUGUGAGGAGAAGGGAGGAUCUUACUGCUGCUAUCAGGCCACUGCAGCAAAAAAGAGGAAGAAAAAACAACAACAAGGAGCACCAGACACAUUCAGCUGCUCGUAGCCAUUUUAGCUGAUCCCCCCCUCCCUCCGACACGAAAUGACACAACAGUUUGCUGUGUUCCACUUGUGCCCAGCACGCCACUGGACGAACUGUAGUUUGUGCAAAAGUGGCGAAAGUCGGCUCAGUCGGCGUUAAACAAAAAAAAAGAAAACAAAUAUAUAUAUAUAUAUAUCUUUCUUAGAUAUAUGGUGUCUCUUACACUGCUGUGUCAGUUUGUGUUGAGUAGCAAUUAGACACAGUUGUGUGCUAUCUAGUUGGUGGUUUAUUUAUGUACGAGUGCGAGUGGUUGGCGUUCUUUAAACUGAUUUUACCCCAGGUUGAUGCAGAGCAUAACCCCCUUAGUUUUAUAACUUGGUUCAAACAACAAAACAACAAAACGACAAAAAAACAGCACAGACCGAGAGAGAAACGGAUUCAUCUAUAAUGUGAUCCAGUCGACAGGGAACAGCGCCAUACAGCAGAGUCGCUGUAUCAGAAUGUUUUACGCAAGUUAAACUCCCUCAGUAGCAUGGUAAGGUUGCAAUAAGGGCUGGUGAAGACCGUAGAUAUACGUUUCCUCCUCCACAGUUACACGAAAGAUCAGGGACACCACCUCAACCAGGCGCCCAUGCUAACCUUCAGCUAAUUUGGGCUACAAGUGGGCUACAAGUCCAUUAUUUAUUUAGUGUAGAGAAGGUGUGUUUUGAUGCGUGGUACUUGUGGUGAUACAACACUCUGUUACCCCCCCCCCCCUCCCAGCUGUACAACGGUUCGAAGAGCAAUACAACAUGCAUCAAUAUUGAUUUGGAUCAUUCAUAAAGAAACACCAUAUUUCCCACAAUAGUUACAAGCAAAUAAACCAAUGGAAAAUAACAGCCUCCAACAUCAGCAAUAAUGUACAGUUGUGUAUUCAGACCAGAACCGAGUGGGUGCAAGGAAAGGGAAAGAAAGAUUGGCAGGUCAAAUUAGCACACCUCCCUCACGGCGUAAAGCCACCAGGGUUUUCACAUAGGAGCCUUUGCUCAGGUCACAACCCCUGCGAUUCCAUAGUUAUCUAUUAGCAUAUUGCAUCCAUAUUCAGUGUACAAACAGUGCACCGGGGAACGCAAGCGAAAACAAUCAUUAUGUAAGCCAACACGCCACAGCGAGUAGCACCUGAUAGAAGCAACACAAAACCAUUUUCUCUGAGCUGAUUUGAAUUUGAUGGUUAUGGGUUUUUGGCGAGUGUGUAUAUAGCGGAGAAGGUGGAGGGAGCAGUUGAUGGGUUGAUUGGGUAGGGGGUUGGGGGUACCAGGUGUUUAGGUGCGGAGGUCCCAAUACAGUAAGGCGUGGGGGAAGGAUGUCUCAUCCCACCAGGGAAGCCUGCACUAGGACGGCAGCCAAGUUAUGAGCACGUGCAUAGAACUCCUGGCACGUGCGCACAUGGGGGAGUCCCCAGAGCAAAGACAAACAGGGAAGGGUGACGAGUUACAGGGACACGCACCAUUAUAAGUUCUGCUACUGAGCGUACUUUAACAAUGGACAAAGAUGCCGAUUGCGUCUUUGUUUGGUUCUAAAGUGCCGAAAAGGGCCGUCCAACAAAACUCUGGUCAAACGCUGCAGAUGGGCCUCAGUUAUCAGCAAUAAUAUUCAAAUUUGCAGAGCUGUUGGAGCAAGCCAAUUUCAAUUUCAACGGUUACAUUUUAAUUGCGUGCUCCCCUCAUUAGGCUAGUGCCGUCACGUUCUCCACAUUAAAUAGAAGGUGCCCCAAGUGAAAUAAUUGGUGAAGAGAGCCGCAGUUCGCUAAAUGACGCUCAUACCUCUUUAACUUCUGAACCUUUCCCUCUCCCUCUCUCUCUCUCUCCCUCUCUCUCUCUCUACUCAGGGUCAGAGGUUUACCAAUUGAUAUACAAUCGUGGGCUUCUCUCUCUCUCUCUCUCUCUCUCUCUCUCUCUCUCUCUCUCUCUCUCUCUCUCUCUCUCUCUCUCUCUCUCUCUCUCUCUCUCUCUCUCUCUCUCUCCCUCUCUCUCUCUCUCUCUCUCUCCCCCUCCCUCCCUCCCUCCCUCCCUCUCUCACAUGUAACGUGAACGUCAGUGAGCCGAGGAAAAAGGGGAAUUUUUUGCCCCGUCUGCCAAACCAACGGGUAUUUAAUUGGUUCUUCAAAGCCGCGUGUGGUGGCAGGGAUCAGAUAUGGGAGAGACUGCGCAGUGUUGCGGGGGAAGGCUGUGUUCUGGCCGAUAAUAAGGCGAAUGAAAGCCCUCUUUAUCGCGCUGUGUAUCACUGCCCUGUGAAGGAAAGCCCUUAUCUGGCCUCCAAUAAUCCGAAAACUAAGUUAAACACCUAACGGUACACACAGAGUCAACUGGCAUUUCUUACUAACGUAUCCCCCUCCCCCCAAAUCGAUACACUCGCAGAAACUCCCCAAGUUCGGAAAAACAUAUUAGCAACUAGUGACUUUAACUAGCGAUGUUUUACCGUUUAGUUGAAUGGCCUAAAUGUGACGUGGUAGGUAUUUUGGUGUGGCUCUGGGAAACAGGGGAGGGGAGGGGGGUGGAGGUUACCUACACCCCACCCCCUCCCCGUAAUCUGUUUAAUUCUCUCCAGGUUGUUAUGGUUACAGUUGCCUUACGGUUUGACCCCUCACCUGUCCGCUGAUGCUUUGUAGUGGUUGAUACCUCACGUUGGGUGUGGCAGUGACGAUUGUGUGCGUCACGUUCUGUCUAAUGUGUUUUACCGCUAGAUAGAAUGUGCAGUUCAGUGCCGUAUUCAGUUCAAAUUGUUUAUUGCACUUGUUGACUUUGUAUCGUUCCGACAGGAAGAAAUAAAAAAUAGUUUUAUCUUUUCCAUUGUGUUUAAACUAAACUGCUGGUUUGGCAAUGUUUUUUUUGUGUGUAAAAGUUGUCAUCAUUAUGACGCCUUUCAUCCCCAUGUCUCGAGUUGUUUGUUUUAGGUUUUUUUCGAAAAAUAAAACGUCAAAUGCGGAGUGACACAAAGAUCAGUCCUAUUCAGGGGUGGCCCUUCACCUGACUGGUCAUUAAGACACGGAGGUUGACAGCUCAACACGAGGUCUCCGACAGGACCAGGCACAGGACUACAUGUACAGCUGCCAACAUCACCUCAUUUCCAAUCAUACACACCUGCUCCAGUCCCAAGCGUGUCAAAGGCCACCGCGUCUGAGGGGAUGCCAAAGUUUGUUUUCCCAAGUUGUCAAGGCAUCUGUGAGCCUAUGCUCAGAAGUUUAUUUCCAAUUUUACACCCAACCCCUACACAAAACACCUCUGAUCUCAUCUUUCACUUUGUUCAAGAACUCAUUAUGUGUAGGCUACCCACUCAAAUCAGUAGCUAGCUUCGCCUCAGCUCUAGUGAUAAUGGGUCCCCUCAAAUCAAGAGCUAGCUUCCAAUUAGCAACUAGCAACGACUUGUCCCCUACAAUUAUUAGCUCGCUUUCAAUUAGAAUCUAGUGAUGGUAUGUUGCCUCAAAUACUAGCUAGCAUUCAAUCAGCAUAGCAUAGUCCCCUUAAAUCAGUAGCUAGCUUUCAAUUAGAACCUAGCAAUGACCCGUACCUUUAUCUCACCGGCUUACUUUCACUUAAAGGACACAGUGACCAAACCGUCAGAACUGUCUAUUCUAGCUACACUAAACAUUGGUUAAAUUGGUAAAUUGACUUCUUGUUCUGCAGCGUUUAGCGUUAAUGCACCUAGCACAAAUGUAAACAAUAGCAAUAUAGCACUUCGGUCUUUUUGUUAAGACAUUUUGCAAAGCACAUGUAAUACAAUUCACUGUUAUUUUGUCACAAACUAACUGACCGACGCACAUUGAUUCGAAAAGACAAAAGUGCUAUAUUGCUAUGAUUUUCAUUCGGCAGGCGCGUUCUUGCCAAAUGCUCGUCAGCAGGAUUUGUUGUUCAUUUGAAAAGAUGUUCUAGCGAAGCCAAUAGAGACGGCUACCAUGGUUUGAUCACCCAGACCGGUAUAGUCCUUUAACAACCACCCCUUCUGCUCACACAUUUCUUUCAUUUAGCCAUUUCUCCCAGAAGGCCAAACCCCACAGUGGCAUUUCUGAGACUAACACCGAGCGCUCAUUUGUCCUGAUAUCCACAUCUGCUUGUUAUUCAAGAAUCAGCAGGAGCGGCGUCCUGACAAACAUUCAGCCAUUUAUAUGCUAUUAGGCCGCUAGUCCACAUUAGAUCCGCUAAUGCUGGACACUGUGCCCCUUAAGUGGCUCUUAAUGUUCCUGUGAGAUCCAGUCCAUUCACGAGGAGCUGCUGUUCACUUCACUGUGUAAUUGAUGGAUGGACCGCACUUCAAAGAGAUUCAAAGGAAAAAUUGUGUCUGUAUCCUAUUGAAUAUGUUAACAUACAGCCUUUGUGCAUUCGUUGUAAAUUGCAUACACACAACAUAUAUUUGUGUCAAUAUCUUCUAUUUUCUAUCUUACAGUCCAUACAUUUGAUCCCCUUAAAAAGCUUGUAUGUCAUUAAAAUGCUCAGGCAUCCAAUAGAUUGUUGGCCUCCUACUUUCCUUAUAGCUUAAAGUACAAAAAACAUCCUAAAACCUU